UUUUUGUUUCAGACAAGGCGUAGACAUGAUUAUUACGAGGAAGCAGAAAGAAUAUCUGUGCUGCCACGACCCGUGUCGAUUCUUACGAAACCAAAAGAAUCGCGCACGAUCAAUGAACAAUCAACAACGACGCACUCGAAUGCACCAACCACAUCAAUACGUCCAAUAUUAAUGCAGCAGUCAUCCGUUUCUAAGGUGUCUUCUGGUGCAGCUGUAUUAACACGUCCAUCGAGCACUUCAUCAUUAGCCAACAAUCGAGCUUCUGCAUUGACCAUUUUGAAUUCACUGCGAAGUGAUCGAUCACAACAGUCGCCCCGAGCCGGUGUUGCUGGCACAAGCUCUGUGCAAGAUAGCACAACCGUAUCACCUCCCGCAAUGAAGGCAGCGAUUCGUUUAAUCGGAGAUAAUAUGGAAUUUACAGAUUAUGUUGAAGUUGAGCUUGAAUAUCUGUCUGAAACGAAUACAAAUUUUACGGUGAUUGGGGCAAUCGGUCCACAAGGGACAGGUAAAUCGACAUUAUUGAGUAUGCUAGCGGGUAACGAUCAUCAAGAUAUGUACAGGCAUUACGCAUUCCGACCAGCAGCUCGGGAAGCAGUUGAAUCAUGCCGUCAUCAGUCAUUGAAGAUUAGCAUUUAUGUGACUAAAUCAAGACUUAUUCUCAUCGAUUGUCAGGCAUUAUUCUCAACGGCUAUACUUGAUGAGUUGAUUCGUAACGGUCGACGAGGUAUAACUGCAAAAGUGGUAGCAUCCGAUUGUUAUGAUUAUCGUAUCGAGAAUCAUGUUCAAAUUGAGACAAUCCAAUUGGUAUCGUUCAUGAUGCAAAUUUGUCAUACAAUCGUUUUGUGUGUUGAUUGGUUCAUCGAUGUUGAUAUGAUUCGUCUAAUUCGCACUUGUGAAAUGCUUCGCGCAGCACCAUUAUGGUCUCCGGACAAUAUGAAAUUUAAACCGAAUCGAAGCGUUAAUUUGGUGCUGGUUCAUCAACGUGCAAAAGCGAAUGAUUUCGAGCCAGAGACGUUGAAGUAUCGUUGCGAAUUGCUGAAGAAAUUUUUUGCCGAUUCGAAGUUGAACAUUGAAGGAUCAUUGAAUUUAUUUGGUAUGAAACAUGAUGUGCAUAAAGAUGUCUGCAUGGAUGUUAAUUACAUACCACUGGCUGAUAUGCGACCGCGCACAAAACCUGACAUCAUUCCAAUAGUGCAAUCGCAGCAUACCGAUAAUACUUCUCAAAUGCUUCAUUCACCAGUUAUUGAUUACGAAUUUGUUUUGCGCACUCUUCGAACCAAUAUUCAGAAGUUACCUAAAGAUGCGUUCGCACUUGGUGAUCCAUCAGCUGUUACAGAGAGACGAUGGUACACUCUAGCUAGUAAACUGUGGAGGAGUACGCUGACAAGUCAACAUAUUACAAAGUUCUCGAAUAUUCUUUCAUCGUUAGUAUGA